UGCACCUCUAAAUCUCCCCCAUAGAGAUUGGUUAGGUCUCUUUUUGCCUUGCACAUAAUUUUUUCGGUAUCUAAAGGGAUCCUGUGAUCCUGUAAAACCUGCAGACAUCAUGUUAUAAAGCAGGAGGAGCUGAGCAGAUUUUUGACAUGGCGUCGGGGUGUGUGGUGCGGGGCAGAUGUUGUUACCCUAGGGGCAGUUGGUAUUAACCCCUUGUGUUCGUGAUGCCAGGGCGUGGUUUAGCCUUAACCACCCAAAUGUAUACCGCUGGAUCCUGGACUAGGCACAGGGGCAAUGAAGACACCGACGCCAAGUAAUGGAUAACGGUAGCCUUACUGAGCGUAGACAGUUGUUACAGUCUAUGCAGUACAGCCAGGGCCCAAGGAGGUGACCAGUGGCACAGAGACCUCGCAGGCAAAACAGCUCUCAUUGUACUAGCUCACGAAGAGCGGACGUCUUUUAACUACGCCAUGAAAGAAGCAGCUGAGACAGCUUUAAAGAAGAAGGGGUGGAAGGUUCUGGUUUCUGAUCUCUAUGAGAUUAAAUUUAACGCAGUCCUAUCACGUAAUGAUAUCAUAGGUUCUCCCAAGGAACCGAGUAAGUUCAAAUAUGGGGCAGAGAGUCUAACCGCAUGGAAGGAGGGGCGCCUGGCUAAGGACAUUGUGGAGGAGCAGAAGAAACUGGAAAAAGCGGACCUUGUCAUCUUUCAGUUUCCUUUGUACUGGUUCGGGUUUCCUGCCAUAAUGAAAGGAUGGGUGGAGCGAGUCUUCUCUCUGGGGUUUGCAUACAGCUUUGAAACAAUGUAUUCCACAGGACCAUUCAAGAAUAAGAAAGCCCUCUUAUCCUUUAGUACUGGUGCCCCUGAAUCAAUGACAUCACCUAGUGGAUUAAGUGGAGACAUCAACGUUGUUCUGUGGCCUAUGCAGAAUGGCAUAUUGAAUUUCUGUGGAUUCAAAGUCCUAGAACCUCAGAUCUCAUAUGCUGUAGCACACAUUCCUCAGGAAGCACGCAUUGGGAUCCUUAAGAGCUGGGAGAAGCGACUGGAGACAAUCUGGGAUGAAAAGCCCAUCAGGUUUAUUCCCAUUCAGGACUUUGAGGGUUUUUCUGGUGGAUUUGUACUGAAGAAGGAAGUGGAGGAGGCCAAAUCUGAUGAUAAGUUUGGCCCAACUGUGGGGCAAAACCUGGGCAAACCUCUACCGCCUGACAGCCAGUUGAAGUCUGAAAGUACCAGUUUAUAAGAGACUGCUUGGCAAAGUGUUUACUGUGGGAUGUUGUGCCAUACUGUAUUAGUUGGUAUGUUCAGUUGAAUUUUGACAUUGGGAUGUGGCACAGCUAUGAGCUAUUGACAGGCUUUUAUGUUUAACUACAAGGUAUGAAGCGAAAGAUUUUUCUUUGGUUCAACAUCUGUUAAUAUUUGUUAAUUAUAGUAAUAAUCUGUAAAGCAUUUUACUAUUAUAUGAA